UGCUGCUAUAACUGCUUCUUUUAAAGAUAUUUGUCACAGAGAAAUGACUGUGAGUCUAAUAUAAGGCGUAUCACAUCAGGUACUUGAGAAAACCUGUAUAAAUACUACAAAACGACGAAAAUCACUCAUUUUCUCUCCUCCUUUACGCUGUCGCGUUUUGGCCAUGAAAGGAAAAGAUCAGUAGAGAAGUCGAGCAAAGGAAGCAAUGGUUAAAAUGGCACAUCAGCUUGGUACAGUCUUGUGAAUAACUUGUUUGAGAACAUGUUUUCAAAGUUACAUUGCGGGCUUGCGGAUUUUAGCACGCUGAAAAUCCCUCGCCCACUAAAGGUUCAUAAUACGCCUGGCUCUGGGAAUCAGGUGCGAUAAAAACUCAACGCAACCUACUACUUGAACAUCAGGUAGCGUACAUAACAAGAAGUUUAGUCUUUGUUUUAGCAGUACCUUCCCGAUUCUGCUACGGAACGAGAUGUCGAACGCACGUAAGCCAGUUUGUGUGGUGAGUAAAUCAGUCCUACGCAGCAAUUAAAGCUGUCUUUAGUAUGCUUCGUAUUGAAAUCUCCCAGUUAGAGGAAUACAGUAUUUCGUUCAUUUGAACGACUAGGCCUUUUCCGACUUAAUUUUUAUGACCACAGCAUUUGAAUUGAAAAUACAAUUGAUCAGAUAGAAAGAAAGAAUUGCACUAGAGUUUUUUCAAAUAGUCUUACUUAUACAGGGAUUUAAUUCCAUUGAAGCAAAUCAACAUUGAUUUAUAGUUGCUUUUAAUGUCCAAGCAGCAGUCAAGAGCAUUGCACUCAUUUCGUUACCACAUCAGUCUCUUGCUGGAAGCAACCAGUUUUGUGUCACGGCAUUUAGUUGUAGGUUUUUAAAACUAGUAGCAGCUUCUAAAUUGAACUGACGUCUUUGCAACGCUUACACCGGUCCCAGUUUACUUAAGAGGGCUUCCUUCCAGAAAAAGAUGUGUACACGAUAUUUGAACUAAGCAAGAUCGAGUUAUAGAAUGUUGUAAGAUUUCCUCGCUUUGCAGACUUUAUUCUCUUCACUUAAGUUAAACGACAUAAACCAGGCCACUACUGGUGGUGUAUUGGUACACAUUCAGUACAUUUUGUGAAAAUUCUUGUAUUAAACAGCAAAUUAAGAACAGAGAUGCGCAUGAAUAAGUCGUUGAGAUAAUCAGGUUUACAUGUAAACACAAUCAAGAAAAAAAUAAAAUAAAAUAACCACGUAGUGUAUGCCCGGCGGAAUCAGCAAGAUAGAACGGUGAACUCGUCAGUAUUGAAGUAAAAAUCACAUUGCGUAACACUUUAACAGGUUUUCUAUUUGAUGACUUCGGUACAACAAGCGGCACCGAAUUUAAAGUGGUCAAAGAAUACAACAAAAACAAUGGCGGAAUUGGAGCACUCUACAGAGGGACGCUGAAUGUCAUUUUCGAGCAAUCUAUCUAGUUGCCCCGGUAAUUCCGGCUAUAUUGUUCAUCGACUCUGUACCUUUUGAAUUCGUUGAUUGAGCGAUACAACAGAAAUCUUACGUUGAAAGUGGUUCAUGAAUAGUGGAACAAUUUUCGAAUUAACGUAUUGUAUUUAGUGCAUGGAUUUCUCACCACCGUAGGUGUCAUUUUUCAAGGCUAUUUCUUUGAUCAUUCGGUCAGCAAGACAAUCCAAAGUAUACUAUAUUUCUUGAAUUUUUAUCUCGAUUUCCUUACCUUACCAGUCAAAUAAUGGAAAGACCUCAGGAAAACCUUUUCUUUGAGGUGAAAAUUAGUAAAUUUAAAAUUCCACUUUCUGUAAACAAGUCGAGCAUUUGUCUUAGCUUUUUAUUUAGCGAUACGUGAAGAAGAAUCUAAAGAAAGAUUUCCAUAAAGGACAGAUGUGAAGCUUUAAACUUUUCUUUUUCAUAAAAAAAUAUUGGCCACUAAUUUGGCGACAGGACCAACACGUACAGUUUUCGGUGUGUUAAAUGAAAUUGUGAGCGUUCUCUCUCUAGUCUUUUGGGAUUAUUUUAAGGGUUUAUUUCUCCCUACCCAGCCACGGCAAGUACUGAAGGAUUGCUACCCUUAAUAUGUUGCUGUAAGUCUGUAGCAAAAGCAUACUUCUUCUUUUUAUUACUGCCAUUUUUAUGAGCUCUAGCGAGCAUUUGGAGAGCAGAAAUGCAUGUUUAAAGAACAAUAUAUUUGGGCAGGUGGCAAUUUUUAUAACACUCCUGAUCUCGCUUGACUCUUCUUAAAUACUGUUUUUAGCUAGCAGUGUAAGAAAACUAGACAGCAAUUCAUCGGUCAUUUUACUUAGUUUACUAAUCUAGCUGUGCAGGGUGCGAAUGUGAAAAAGUCGUUGACUAUGUGUCUCUUUUCAAGCCUAAAAGCCAGUUGAAGUAUUUAAAUGUUCAAUUUUCUGCUAGGGUGGGUACUAAAGACAUUUUAUCUCCUGGCAGUAUAUAACUUGAAAAUGUAAAAGCAGUCGACGGUAAAAAUUGACUUGUCCGGAAAUCCAAAUCUAAACAUUUUCUUAUAUAUCACUUAUUAAUACCUUCCAACUGUUAGUUCACGUUUCUAAUUUACGUUAUACACAUCUGACAUGGAUUUAACGAGAUUAAGCUCUUACUGAGGGUAAAGGAGUGCUUCCACAACAUAACAAAAUUUUGGAAUUUUAAAUUUAAUGCAGUACAUUUUACUCUGGUACUUCAGGUUUCCUUUUUCGUUUCUUUCCAAACGCAGGUACAAGAUAAGAGAAUGUUUUGAUUUUUGCCCAACUUUUUACCUAGUGUCGAGGGUGUUUCCUCGUGGUUGCUAUCCGAGAUGGCCUUAUUUGAUCCAAUGAAACCAUCCAACUAACACAAAUACAAGUUUUUCUAAAAAAUUUACAAAUAAACAUUUUAGUCUGUCACCACACUAGUUUGAUUUUAAUUUUUGUCACAAUGGAAAAUCAAGUAAUUGAACCGAAUGCUGCACUAUAUUAAACAACCAGCCUUGAUUUUAUUUCAUUUUUUUGUUUUAUUUUUUCUGUGUGUUUUAUUUUAACAAAUUUUGCUUUAGCAAGUGCUUAAAUCUGAGGCACUGACGUACGAACCUCUAAUUAGGACUUGGGAUGAAAGAUAAGAAGGCCAAAGAAACGCAAUUAAUGAAAACUGAGAAAAUUACUUUUGGACAUACAAGUGGCAUCUCCGAGACCACAGGAGUGAAAGAAAUUCCGAUUAUAUUAGAAUACCUGAAGGGUAUAGAAUAACUAAGUGUCGUAAAACACAGCAGUCGGUUUACUUAACAAAGCUUCGAAAGACAACCGAAAGGGAGAUUGAUUUCUGUUAAUUAAAGUUAUGCUCGCAGCUGCCUCGAGGGGGAAGAAUAAAAAAGCUAUCGAUAAAUUAGAAUAUGAAAGGUAGGAGACUGAUAAGGCAUAGUUAAACAGUCGGUGUGCCGUUUAAUGUCCGAGUAGUAUUGAAUUGAACAGCAAUAAAACAUUCAUUAAUACUGCGAUGUUUUGAAACCGCUGUCGUUAACAUUUUCACUAACUGCCGUUUUAUAGAGCUUUAAUUCAUCGGUUUUUCAAAGUAGAGCCAUAAAUCAUCGAACACUUCGCGAAACCAUCCUCGUUUAAUUUAUGACCAAAGAGAAAAAGCGCAGUCAUUAAAAUUAGAAAUUGCUCAGUCCAAAUUGCGAGAAAAUUGUCUUCGUUAUCUCUGAUGCUAUUUACUUGAUUUAAAAUCUCUAUCGAUUUGUUAAAAACAAAAUUGAGCGACAUGUUUCAACAAAGGUCUCAGAGUAGAAAGAACAGUGGAACGUUUUAAGCCUUUAGUGAUGUAUUUUGAUUUCAACAUGUUCGUAUAUAUUAAAUACCUGUAAGCUAUCAAGUGAACGUUAAACCGCAAACUGAAAACUUUUACACGCUAUUAAUGAAUAAAAUUCAGACAACGAAGAUUGUUUUGUUUAUUUUGUAACAAAUGCUGAACUGUAGGAGACCAAUUUAUUUUCCGAAACUGCAAUAUUAUAAUGAUGAAAAAUACUUGUAGGGUAUAGACAGUUUUUCAGUUAUAAAUUAAAAGAACUUUAUGUUUGAAAAACGGAUAGAAUACAUGUUCCAUUGAGUCUUGUUUAUCCCUUAGUUUUUUCAUUCUCACUAAAGAACAGUCUGUGUCACUUUUGGUGGUUUAAUCAAUGUAUGUUUAAGCCCGGCACAACGUCAGCACUCGCUACAUGAUAUUCUGGCUGGUGUGUCUCUGUCUCGCGUUAGAACAGAUUUCGGGACAAAACUGAGUUUUAUUGUAUGGCGUUGCCGGUUUAUAGCAGAUUGUGUUACUGAAAUUGUUUUGACAAUUUAGUGACAAGAUAAGAAAGACAACUGCAGAGUUGUUCAUAUUUUUAGGACACUGAAAGUGAAGAUUAGAAGUUGCGGGGUUCCUUAACUAUCCCUUAAGUUCAAAAUUGAACAAAAAAUGUAACAAGAGCGGCAUAUGAACUUACUGUUCAAUAGCUUUUAAUUAAACAGCCGCACACUAGGGUUUCGUACAUGGUCUUAAAACCAAGGAUCACCUUGUACAGAAUAACAAACAAUACCACGUGGAAACACUGCUUAAUAGCGUUCAGUUGAAUUGUCACUUACUGGGAUUUGACCCACGCAUUCAGAAGUUCGGACCAAGUUUAUUCACUCGGGCGUUGACUCACAAAGCGAGAGAAAGAUAAACGCAACAAAACUGGGUGAAGCCAAAGUUAAAUUGUUCUAAGUAGAACAUUUAACAAGCUUCUAGGAACGUAAAAUUUACUAAAUAGCUGUCAUUCAUUCACCAACUUCGUUGUUUCUUUCGCUUUUAAACUUCUCUGUCGGUGGCUUUAUAGGCUUAAACAAAGCAUUUAAGGGCUGUAAAAUGACCAAAUCUGAGCCUAAGUGGUAAGAAAUCGGUGGGCAAGACUCUACCAAUUUUUUUGUAACAACAAAAGAAAAUGUCUACCUAAAACGCCUAAGAAGUGAUGGCUUUUUAAUGGCGAGUCUGUUUUACCUUUUAAAUUAGUGUGGAAAGUACACAUUUCAGUUUAAAACUUGUAAUUAUAUUAUUUUAGUUUUAAACUUAUAACAUUGAUUGUGGUGUUUAAAAUUCUUUUUACAAACUGUUACUCUAAGGAACGUAAUGGGCUUAACAAUGAAAUAAAAUCCUUGGCUGAACUGAGGACGCCGCUUUCAAUCUGACCCUUAAAACAAUCUUGCGACAAUUUACCAGCAGGCGGCGAACUUUCCAUCUUUAUGAGAUUUAAUUGGAUGAACGAGAGGAGUCAAUUUGACGAACGCUUGAUUUCAAAUACGUCUCAGGAUAUAUUUUGUAAAGUAAAUCAUUCUCCUUUAAAUUUUCUUUUCUUUGUCAUGUAUCGAUUUGUUGGGUAACAACUUCUGCAUAUACCCAUAAAGUGUAGUAUAGCAAAUAGGACCAACGUGCAGUAAAUUGGAGUAUUCAAUAACAAGGUACAACUAUUUGUUUUCAAGAUUAAAGGGUAUGCAAGUGGGACACUUUGCUCUUUAUACCGGCUAUCUUUUUCUUCACGAAAAUUUUUUCAGAACAGCCAGUUUGAAAUGGAAAAAAAAUACACUGAUAUGAAGUACGCAUGAAAAACUAAUUUCAAUUAUUCCGAAAACUUUGGGUGCGAUAAAAUUGAGACCCUAAGUUACAAUUCGAUCUCUUAUGUCUGUCUUUAAAGUAAACGAGCCUACACCAUUUUAAAUAAUGUCGUAACCCUGAAGAAGCUUUCAUUUUGGUCAAACCUCCAGUAAAAUCUACCUUAUUAUUUAUUUAUUAUUAUCCAGUUUUUAGACAAGAAUUAUUGGAAGUGGAUGAGGUGUUUCAUAAUACUCAAGCAAUCGAAAAGGGAAAAAGACAUUUAACAUUUGCCAACGUAAAACAUUCUCUUUUAGUUUUUCCAUUUAUUUUUCUGCAACAGUUGUGAACGGUUAGCGGAUCUUGCUCAAGGAGACUUACAUAAAAGAUAUAUUAUAAUUGUUACGGAUAAGAUGGUUUUUCUGCCCCGGGGUGCUGUUGUUUUCAGUUUUGUGACUUUAGUAUGGUGGAUAAGGGUAAACCUAACUCGCAGUAUAGGAAGCACCCAUGCAUAAUCAUACUGGAGGGUUUGAUAACUCGUUAUCAUCUCAAGUCACGUUUACAGGCCGUUAGCGCCAUAGGAACUUUUUAAAUUCAGUCUUGAGUAACUGUUUGCUACACGAAACCCUCUUUCCAGCGAAAGACAUAUUAAAGUAUCAUACAAGAGGUGACAUUUUCCGUAUAACCAGAACAGCGCGAAUUUGUUCUGUAACAAGUUACUACCCAAAAUUUUGCAGAAAUAUAACUAACUCUUUACUGUUUCACUAAAUUUCAAAAAUGUCCGACAUUUUUUCUUGCCUUACUUUCUCGCAGUGACAAAGACCUUUAUUUUAAGACCGCUUCAAUGUAUGUUCAUAACAAAAGCAAAUUCAACAUGGCCCAUACAGGGCAACCCAUCGGGCUUUUGCUAGCCAGAUUGACAAGAAAAUGUUAAGGAAAUAGAUAACUUAGCAAGUAAAUUCUCUCCGCUUAAAAAUAAGGUUUGAAGUACCUGGCGGAAUGUUUUUCGUUUUGUUAGUUUGAGAAGCUCAGCUAAGAUAUUUUUAAAAGCUCAAAUGCUUAGAGAUUAAUUUGCUUAACAAAUAUGUGAUAUUUGCAAAGUGUAUUGUUUAUUCAAUUGGGGGGAGGAGAUGUUGAAAGGGUUAGUGCGGCAACAGAGCAGCUUAUAUUGAAAUCCUGCACAAACUUCUAUUAAAUAUGCCAGAGCAUUUCCGGCACUGUUUGAAAUGAAAAGAACUUAAGCGCCCAAGCUAAACGCUGUUAUUUUUCUCUUCUACAAAGAGCUACAUUCUUUUGCUUGAUCAAUUUUAACACGAGGACACCACACUAUCAACCCGUUUUCGCGUUUGAGAGCCGUAUAGCCGAGACAUGGCGCGUCAGAAUAUCUCGUUGUGAAAUGGCUGACUUGCGAGGAAGCCGGCUUUCUUAUAGUACUAUAUUAAUAUCAGAUAAAAACGAAAGAAUAUUUUUGAAAUCGGCGAUUUUAUGUUUUCUUUUACAUCGUGCACUUCUCUUUUAAACGCCUUGUUAGUGACAGUAGUCGUGUAAUCUCAUAACGAUAAAUUACAAUGUGAAAAUCGCUUCUUGGAGUUUGCAAUAAAUAAAAUGACUGUUUUCUUGAACACCUGCCUGUUUGUUAUUCUACUAAAAGGACGUCCGUCAAAUUACUUAGUGGUUCAGCAAAAUUUAAUCCCUACACCAUCUCUGGUACAUGUGCUGUGCUCUGCGUGCAAGUAAAUUGACACUUGGUUUUUUCGAGAGCAAAUAAAACCUAACACCAAGAAUGUCAAUGUUAACAAGAAAUGUAAAGAGAUUUAUAGUCUUAUUAUCCAAGCUGUGUUAUAAAUUAAGGACAUGACACAUGAUUUUGUAAACCUUUUCAACUGUUUAGUUUCCGGAUGUCUUGUAUGAGUAAAAUAAAGAGUGGUGGAAAUACAGUGUUGGGUGUUUUGAUUUAAAUGUUUUAGGCGGCUAGAAGAGUACCAUCGCCAUUUUAUACAAUCGAUUAAGACGUGGUGUUGAUGUAAAACCAGGAUGACUCAUUUGGUGCUCGGCAAAGAGCUAAAUGGAUGUAUUCAGUGUUAAAUCAUGAAACGAAUGGUCUUAGUUUACUGUCAAGGUUUCCAUCUUGUUUUCACUUUUCAUUCAGCAAAGGAUUUUCAUUAGUCUAAUAUAGGCUUCAUUGUUAGGCGCUUUUAUUCUUAUAUGGAAUGGGAGGCCUUUGUUAACACCUCCAAACAAAUCACAACAAAAUUAUGUCGAAUUCGACAAGUGAACGUUGAUUAACGCACAGGCAAAACUCGAUUUUACGAGUUUGCUUUUAUCACCAAACCCUACUUACCAUGAACCCACAGCUGUUAGCGCUCCUAGUUUUAAUUUCUUAUCUCAAACAAUUUAUCGACUACCAAAUUCACAAGCAAUCUUAGAUCAAAAUUCAAGUCCCUUUAGAAAAAGCAUUAAAAACUUUUAACACCGGUUAUCUUCGCUGAAACAGUUUAUGAAAAAGCUUACACUGUUCGCGUCCGCAAUCGACUUAACUCAGUGGAAAUUGUACGUUUCGUUUGAUAACAAAGCGUGUUCGGCUUCCGGAAAGCCCGCAAGCUAGAGAUAUAAAACGUUCCGAGUUUUAUCAAUGUUUGCGCCAGGCAGAUGUUUAACGCAGGAAGUAGUCGUCCGCGAACAAAACGCCGCACCAGUCGCUAAACAAUUUAAAAUCUCAGCAAGAUUCUAUUAAUAAGGGAUUGUUUAUUCAGCAUUUGUAAGGCUACACCGAAAUAAACCGGUUUUUCGAACGAAGCGUCAGCAUUCAGUAAAGUCUUAAGUGAUAGAUGUUGUCAGUUUGCAUUUUGCACUCUUGUUAUUCACUUACAGGGCAAUCGAUACGAACUCGUUUCAACUUAAACUUGACUUGCUGUAUUGCUAUACUAAAGGCGACAAAAAUAAAAAAAACGGAAUAUUUCCUUUUUUGUUUACCGCGUUCUUUGGCCAGGCAAAAGAUUCGAAAAAUCGAUCGUACGAAUGCUACCGCAUUAGGUGCAAAAAAACUACCGACGCGGUUUUUAUUUUAAUUCUACGCGAGCUUUCUAUAUUUUUAUACUUCCUAGAAUCUGGCACUCAAAUUUCCUAAAACCGCCCAUUCUCACACAAGGUACAGUAUUGAGGCUUUUACGUUAAUUAAGGCCUUUUCAAUACUUAAUAAUGCGUUUACAAGACGUUUCAGCCCAGGUGACAUACGUCACGCUUGUCUGGCGUUCUACAUUAUUUAUAAUACAAAAAACAAAUUUAUAAAUACCCUCCGCGCACUCAAGCUAGAGGCUUAUCUUUUCAUACGCGCAACGAUGACAACCGGAGCGAUGCAGUCGCAAAAUUAUUCGUACUUUGGCAGCAACCUGCAAGGAAAAGACACGGGCUCUCACGCUCAACAGUUAGAUUUUCCCUACACUCCUUGCCGAAUGCAGUCACCAAAUUAUUAUAAUCAAUCGCCGCUGCCGAAUUUUAUGUCACCCAUGCCUCAGGGAAGCCUCGGUCAAGUGAAUGGAUAUACCGCCGAGCCAUCCUCGUACGCGAACGCACCGAUUUCAGGGCAGAAUGCAAGCACGAUUCCUAUUGAUCAUCAGGGUUACUACUCGCCUCAAGAGGCAAGCCAAAACUGCUCGUUCCAUCAGUACGCUUGGCUGAAAAGCACCUCUUCAGCGGAGAACUGGUGGCAUAACUCGGCUGCGGCAGGAAACGCAGCUUGGAAUAGCAGAGGAGCUUCCGAGGGUAAGCGGAAAAGGACAGCCUACACUCGCAAGCAGUUAUUGGAACUCGAGAAAGAAUUCCACUUUAAUCAUUUUCUUACGAAGGAGAGAAGGGCUGAAAUGGCCUCUCAGCUAAAUCUCACCGAAAGGCAAGUCAAAAUUUGGUUUCAAAACCGGCGCAUGAAAUGGAAAAAAAAUUCUCAAGCGAUGGCCAAAAGCACAAAGCCUUCCACCGGCUCACAAAAUUCAAACGCAGCUCCAGUUCAAGAUCUUCACAUUCCUAACCCGGUAUCACAGCCCUUGAGUACAACAUCUAUAAACUCGCAAACAUCCUUGGACAACGCCACAGUUCCUAGCUGUUUGGCGGGCUAUCGAAGCCACCAAAGUUAAGAACGUUUCCACGCACACUCAGUAAUUCUUUUACAAUUUAUGACUGAAAUCGUAUUCCAAAAGUCGAGCGCCUUCUGUUCUGACAUUUGAAGAAACAUUUCUAAAGUAAGGACAAAGAAAAAAUUUCCUUGGUCAUAAGGGAGAGAGAGAGUUUAUUUAGAGAUGCGAUUAUAUCAAGUUGAUUUUCAAUAAUGUAUUUAGCGAGAAAUGAAUGAAUAUUCAGUGUAGAAGGUUGACUACAGUCUCUCAUUAGCAAGUUAGUUUGGCAGCGAAUCGUUGCUCUCUUUGAAGAGGACGAUAUGAGGUCACGAAACAAAGCGCUAGCUUGUCCGCGUUCCACUGUACAUAGAAACAAAAAUUAUAAAAAGAAAUGAGAUGUAAAUAUCAUUUCCGUUGAACCGUAUUUCGAUCUCGAACUCAUAAUUUGGACAUUUCGUUUUCAAAACUUAAGAGACUUCUAUUUAUACAAGAAAUAUUCUUACAGACAACAACCCUUGGAAAGGGAAUGCUGUUAUUUACAUCAGAUAAGUUUCAAAUCGCUUUAAAAGAUCAACACAUGUAUUUAAUUUCUAAACGUUACAAUUUUUCGGUCAGUUUAUGUCCUUCGAAACAAUCCCUCUAUUUGUGUAUGUUGUGUAAAGACUCAAUAAAAUUUACUGUGUCAAUA